AUGGCCGACAUUGAAGAUACCGGUCCCUCCGGAUCCGAGCCCCUCGACCUCGUCCGUCUUUCUCUCGAUGAGACCGUGUUCGUGAAGCUGCGCGGUGACCGUGAACUCAAGGGCCGUCUUCAUGCAUACGACAGCCAUUGCAACCUGGUCCUCGGUGACGUGGAGGAGACAAUUUACGUGGUGGAAGAAGAUGAGAACGAGGAGGAGGUUGUGAGGGUAGGAAACUCUCGCAUGCGGGCAUGA